UUUAUUUGGAAAUAAUUUCAAACUUACAGAAAAGUUGCAAAAAGAGUACAAAGAACUCAUCAUUCGUUUACUCUGUUUUUCCUUUUACCCUAUAUAUUAGUUGUUUAUAGCUGUGUAACAAAUAACCCCAAAGCUUAGUGGCUUACACUACACCGUUUCUGAGUCAGGAUUCCAGGAGUGGCUAAGCUGGGUGGUCCUAGCUCUGGGUCUCUCGUGAAGUUGUAGUCAGCCAAAGGCUUGACCAAGGUUGGAGGAUCUACUUCCAAAGUGACUCACUCCGUGGCAUUUGGUAGGAGGCUACAUACAGUUCCUGGACAACUGGAUCUCUCCAUAGGCUGCUUGAGUGUCCUGAAAACAUGGAAGCAGGCUUCCCCAGGCUCCAAGCCCCAAAAUGAAUGAAAAAGAGACCUGCAAAGGAAGAUGCAGUGCCUUUGAUGACCUAGCCUCUGAAGUCAAUAGUCACUUCUGUUUUGAUCUAUCAAGAGUCACUAAGCCUAGUCUACACUCAAGGAGAAGGGAAUUAGUCCACCUCUUCCAGGGAGGAAUAUCACUGAAUCUGUGAACAUAUCUUAGAACUACCAUACCUAGUUUCAAUACUUUUAAACAUUUGCCAUUUUGCUUUGUCCCUCUCUUUUCCCCACCUAUAUAUACAUACACAUACAUGUUACUCCCUAACCAUUUGAGAGUAGGGAGCAUGCGGCGUAUCCCUAUCCCUUGUGUUUUUCUCUUAAGGAAAAGGAUAUUCUGUUACACAACACGGUAGUUAUCAAUAUCUAAUUUUAACAUUGUGAUACUUUAAAGUCCACUUCCACUUGUGUAAAUUGUCCUUUCUAGCAAUGUUCCCAUCAAAUUUAUUUUUAAACAAUAUAGUAAAAACGUAGAGGGCCACAAAGGGUGACAUCAGUCAAAUAAGGUGUUUUUUCUGGCAGGGAAUAAAAAAGGUCCUGGGUCUAGGGAGGUAAGCGUGAGCCAGCUGAGUUCUAGCGGGGGUCCCUGAGCACCAAAAGGACAACACUGUUUCUGAAACACUACCUUAUCUCUUAAGUUACCCAUUACUUAUGGAAAAUGAUUUCUUUUUCACUGUUCCCUUCAGUUCCUGUCUUGAUUAGAACACAGCUGGAGAUUGUGCUAAUAGCUUAGGACGUCUGUUUCCGUGAGCUGGUAACAACUUUUUGAAACAAAUUCCCUCAUCUGCUGAAGAAGGGGGACAAUAACAGCCCCUAUCGCCCAGAACCGUUGCGAGGGUUUAGCUAGCUGGUGACGCCAGAGCACGGAGUUGUACAGGUAGCCAGCAGCACCCACACGAGCCCGCGGUUGGUUAUUCUGCCCGCGCGGCUACUGUAGAGCGGGCUGGCGGCGAGCGGGCGGGGAGGCAUCACGCGGGAGGGGCGGGGCGCGCUCGUCGGCUGAUCGCACGAUUGUGACGCGCCGCCGGAGGCAGGCCGGGCCCUCAAGAUGGCGGCGGGAGCCCAGAGUGGCUCGGCCCGGCAGUAGUGGUGGGACGGCACUAGCCGCUGGGGCCUGCCGCCCCGGGAGUGGCUGCAGCAGCGCCAGGAAUCGAGGAUGGUAAAAUGACCCAGGGGAAGAAGAAGAAACGGGCCGCGAACCGCAGUAUCAUGCUGGCCAAGAAGAUCAUCAUUAAGGACGGAGGCACGCCUCAAGGAAUAGGUUCUCCUAGUGUUUAUCAUGCGGUUAUCGUCAUCUUUUUGGAGUUUUUUGCUUGGGGACUAUUGACAGCACCCACCUUGGUGGUAUUACAUGAAACCUUUCCUAAACAUACAUUUCUGAUGAAUGGCUUAAUUCAAGGAGUAAAGGGUUUGUUGUCAUUCCUUAGUGCCCCGCUUAUUGGUGCUCUUUCUGAUGUUUGGGGCCGAAAAUCCUUCUUGCUGCUAACAGUGUUUUUCACAUGUGCCCCAAUUCCUUUAAUGAAGAUCAGCCCAUGGUGGUACUUUGCUGUUAUCUCUGUUUCUGGGGUUUUUGCAGUGACUUUUUCUGUGGUAUUUGCAUACGUAGCAGAUAUAACCCAAGAGCAUGAAAGAAGUAUGGCUUAUGGACUGGUUUCAGCAACAUUUGCUGCAAGUUUAGUCACCAGUCCUGCAAUUGGAGCUUAUCUUGGCCGAGUAUAUGGGGACAGCUUGGUGGUGGUCUUAGCUACAGCAAUAGCUUUGCUAGAUAUUUGUUUUAUCCUUGUUGCUGUGCCAGAGUCGUUGCCUGAGAAAAUGCGGCCGGCAUCCUGGGGAGCACCCAUUUCCUGGGAACAAGCUGACCCUUUUGCGUCCUUAAAAAAAGUCGGCCAAGAUUCCAUAGUGCUGCUGAUCUGCAUUACGGUGUUUCUUUCCUACCUACCGGAGGCAGGCCAAUAUUCCAGCUUUUUUUUAUACCUCAGACAGAUAAUGAAGUUUUCACCAGAAAGUGUUGCAGCGUUUAUAGCAGUCCUUGGCAUUCUUUCCAUUAUUGCACAGACCAUAGUCUUGAGUUUACUUAUGAGGUCAAUUGGAAAUAAGAACACCAUUUUAUUGGGUCUAGGAUUUCAAAUAUUACAGUUGGCAUGGUAUGGCUUUGGUUCAGAACCUUGGAUGAUGUGGGCUGCUGGGGCAGUAGCAGCCAUGUCUAGCAUCACCUUUCCUGCUGUCAGUGCACUUGUUUCACGAACUGCUGAUGCUGAUCAACAGGGUGUCGUUCAAGGAAUGAUAACAGGAAUUCGAGGAUUAUGCAAUGGUCUGGGACCGGCCCUCUAUGGAUUCAUUUUCUACAUAUUCCAUGUGGAACUUAAAGAACUGCCAAUAACAGGAACAGACUUGGGAACAAACACAAGCCCUCAGCACCACUUUGAACAGAAUUCCAUCAUCCCUGGCCCUCCCUUCCUAUUUGGAGCCUGUUCAGUACUGCUGGCUCUGCUUGUUGCCUUGUUUAUUCCGGAACAUACUAAUUUAAGCUUAAGGUCCAGCAGUUGGAGAAAGCACUGUGGCAGUCACAGCCAUCCUCAUAGUACACAAGCGCCAGGAGAGGCCAAAGAACCUUUACUCCAGGACACAAAUGUGUGACGACCGAAAUCAGGAAGAUUUUUCUAUCAGCACCCAGGUCUUAGUUUUCACCUCUAGUUCUGGAUGUACAUUCCAUUUCCAUCCACAGUGUACUUUAAGAUUGUCUUAAGAAAUGUAUCUGCAUGAACUCCAUGGGAACUAAAGGAAGUGGGAACUUAAAGAACCGGACAGUUUUCCAAAGAUGUUACAAUUUCUUUUGAAAAACCUUUUGUUUAUUAGCACCAAUUUCUUGCCACUAAGCUAUUUGUUUUAUUAUACAUCCUUUAAUUAAAAACUAUAUAUGUAACUUCUUAGAUAUUAGCAAAUGUCUCUGCUACCAUUUCCUUAAGGUGUUGAGCUUUAACUCUAUGCUGACUCAGUGAGACAGAGUAGGUAGUAUGGUUGUGGACCUAGUUGUUUUAACAUUGUAAAAUUUUGAGUCAGAUUUUAAUAUUGUAAAAUCUUGGGUCAAAUAAUUCAAAGCCUUAAUGCAGAUGCACUAAAACAAAGGAAUGGUAAAUGAAUUGUUUGCAUUUAAAAAAAAAACUCUUAAGAAAACUGUACUAAAUCUGAAUCAUGUUUCGAGCUUCUUUGCAGUACUUUUAAACAUUAUUCAUACUGUUUUUGAAGUGAGAAAGUAUCAGCCAUUUGGAAUUUAAAUUGGGGUAUUUAGAGCCUGUAACCUAAAUGCUGGCUCAAAUUCAUUCCCCAGCUACUUCUUAUACCACUAUUCUUUUAAUGUUUGCAUAAUCAUAAGCACCUCAACACUUGAAUACAUAACCUAAAAAUUAUAUAGUAAAGCUGGUAGCCUUGAAAACGUCAAUGUGAUAUCUAUAUGUAGAUAAAUAUAUAUAGUGGCCUUUCAGGACUGUCACAGUAACACUUUAUUUACAGAGCUAAUGUUUGUCCUAAAUUUUCAGGACCCUAGAGGAGAGCUUUAUACAAUUACUGAUGUGAAUUUCUCUAAAGUGUAUAUUUUUGUGUCCAGUUAUAUUAUUUAAAAAAGUGUUACUUUGUAAAAAUUGUAUAUAAAGUACUGUAUAGUUUA